AUGGAAAAUGCUCAGGAAUGGUUGGAUAAAAAUUAUCCGAAAGAGAUAAGAAAUGAAAUAAAAAACUUAUAUUUGAAAGAAAAAAAAAUAGAAGGCGAUUUAAAUUUAAGCGAUUUUGUUAAUUUAAAUGAAUUAGACUGCUCUGAUAAUUUUUUAACUAGUUUAAACAUAAAUAAUUGCAAGCAUCUUAAAAGAUUAGAUGUCAGUUUCAAUCAUUUAACCAAUUUAGAAUUUAGUGGUUCGUAUAAAUUAGAAGUAAUUAAAUGCAACGACAAUUUUUUAACCAAUUUUGACUAUUCUCUACUGAGUGCUAACAAACUAACUUAUUUAAACAUUAGCGAUAAUAAUCUUCCAUACCAAGAUUUGUCGCCUUUCAGUCAAUCUUUAAAGUGUUUAGAUAGACUAGAAAAUUUGAACAUUAGUAACACUGAUAUCAAUAUCGGAAUCGAGUAUUUACCUAAUAGCAUUAAUAAAAUUUCCUAUCUAACCCAAGAAAAAUCCAAAGAAAUUAAAUUAUGGAUAGAUUCUGGUUUGACAGUUAAAGACCAUACUUUAGCAGAAUAUUUAAAAAAUGAUAAAAAAAUAGAACCGCUAGAAGCAAAAUCCAGACUAGAUGAACUAACGAAAGAAUAUAAUUUAGCUUAG